GCUUCCUUCUAGACUGGCUUCUGAGAGGAAAUCGAAAGUGAAAUUUGGAGAGCAGGACUGUGAAAGCGAAGCUGGGAGCCGGUGGCCAACGCUGAGGACCCUGGUAAGCCUCAAAGAUGUCUCUGGAAAAGAUGUGGGAUGACGUCACCUGCUGUGUCUGUCUGGAUCCCAUGGUGGAGCCUAUGAGUAUCGAAUGUGGCCAUAGCUUUUGCAAGGGAUGCAUUUCUAACGUUGGGAAAGAUGGGGGCGGUUCAUGUCCCCAGUGCCGGCAACGCUUUCUGCUCAGAAACCUCAGGCCCAAUCGGCACAUAGCCAACAUGGUAGAAAACCUUAAACAAACAGCCCAGAGUGCCAAGAAGGGGACCCAGGAAGACUGCUGCAUGAAGCAUGGAGAGAAACUUCAGGUGUUCUGUGAGGAAGAUGGGCAGGCCCUUUGCUGGGUGUGCGACCACUCUGGGAAACACCGUGACCACACCAGGGUCCCAGUUGAAGAGGCUGCUCGGAUAUACCAGGAGAAGCUCUGUGUGGCUUUAGAAAAACUGAGGAAAGGGAAAGAGUUGGCUGAAAAGCUGGAAAUGGAUCUUGAAAUGCAAAGAAUAGACUGGAAGAGGAAUGUGGACACACAGAAAUCAAGGAUUCACUCAGAGUUUGUGCACCAGAGUAGCUUGUUGGCCAAGGAAGAGCAGAGGCAGCUGCAGAAACUGGAGAAGGAUGAGAGGGAGCACCUGAGACUUCUGGGGGAGAAGGAGGCUGAGCUGGCUGAGAAGAACCAGUCCCUGCAGGAGCUGAUCGCAGAGCUGGAGAGGAGGAUCCAGAGCUCCAAGCUUGAGCUACUGCAGGAGGUGAUGAUUGUCCUGGAAAGGAGUAGAUCCUUCAACCUGGACACGUUAGAUGUUGCCUCCCCAGACCUGACAAGUACAUGCCAUGUGCCAGGGCGGAAGAAGAUGCUGAGGACAUGUUGGGUGCAUAUUACUCUGGAUCGGAACACAGCCAACUCAUGGCUCAUCAUCCCAAAGGAUCGGAGACAAGUGAGGAUUGGAGAUACUCGUCAGAAUGUGCCUGAAAAUGAUGAGAGAUUUAAUAAUUACCCCAUGGUGCUAGGUGCCCAGAGAUUUACCUCUGGGAAGAUUUACUGGGAGGUAGAUGUGACCAGCAAGGAGGCCUGGGAUCUGGGGGUUUGCCGAGAAUCUGUGCAGAGGAAGGGGCAGUUUUCACUCAGUACUGAGAAUGGCUUCUGGACCAUUUGGCUGUGGAAAAAAGACACCUAUGAGGCUGGCACCAGCCCCCAGACCACCCUCCACCUUCAGGUGCCUCCAUGCCAAGUUGGGAUCUUUGUAGACUAUGAGGCUGGCAUUGUCUCCUUCUAUAACAUCACUGACCAUGGCUCCCUCAUCUACACCUUCUCGGAGUGUGCCUUUGCUGGACCUCUGCGGCCCUUCUUCAGUGUCGGUUUCAAUGAUGAUGGAGGAAAUGCCGCACCUCUAAAGCUCUGUCCACUAAAGAUGUGAUGAGGAGGAGCCAGUGCCUACUGACAGCGCUUUCUGGACACUGUUACCUCCUCCUUGUCAUGAUCAAAGUCCAAUGACUACUGAAGGCCGUUUCUGGAUACUGUUACUCAUUCCUGUUGGUGUUCCUCGGCCGUACACUCUGCCCUUUUUGCCCAUCCAGUUGAAACCCUCCCACACCCUCAUCUCUUUAGAGGAGUCAGGGCCCCAGAAUGAAGGCAUUAGCUGGGGGCAACCGAAAGUCAAUGUCAACUAACCUUCCACAUGAAUAUUCCUAACAUAGGUUCCUUAUUGAUUCUCUCCACUGAAACAGAUUCCUCACAAUGGACCCACACUCAUCCAGCUCAGUCAAAACCACAUUUCUGCCUCCUUUGUGUGACUUAUUUUGUUUUCUUUUCUCUAUUUCUUGACUGUUACCUUUGGCCAGAUACCUGUCUAUUCAAAAGGGCUUCCUUCUGUG